AUGCAUGACGAGAGAUUGGGCGAGGCAACGCGGACGAGGGGGCGCAUGCCUUGCCCGCCUCUUAUGAACAAGGGGGUCCCUGACGCGUUCGUGGAGAUGAUGGUCCAGGGAACCAACCCCCCGGCAGCCAAACAAUGCGUUGCUCGUGCUCGCUCCUGCUCCUGGUCCAAGUCGCGCAAGAGUGCAGAACGCACAGGCAACAGCGCGACCUCUGUCUGCCCUGCAAGAGUCUGGUUGAACAUGGCAAAAGCGCGCAGCCCAGCUGCCAUGCCAAAUCGCAUCUCUUCUUCCCUCUUGUUCAUUGUGGUUUUCUUGUGCGCCAGACCGUCACUAGCACGUCGGAUCCGGCACGAACGGGAAUCAGCCAAGGGGUGGGGCGGUGGGGGCCAGGGUGACGGAGGGGAGGGCCCGCGCGCUUGA